AUGAAAUUUUUCACAAAAUACUUGCAGCAGAUCUCAAAAUUUGGAGAGCCAAGCUUUAUGAAAGAUAUUGAUGGGAAUCCUGUGGAUAUAACACAACCCCAUCAAGCAAGCAAAUUGACACAUUUGACAAAUGGGGAAGAGUGGAUCUGGAAAAUGAGCCCAAUUCUGGUAGACGAUGAUAUUGUCAGAUGUACUGGGGUCAAAACCAUAGGCUUAGGGCACCCGAUGGUUUAUAUAUUGCUUAAUAAAGUAGAGCAAAAUGAGCCAGAAGUGUGCAAAUGGUGUGGACUGAGAUAUCGGAAAAAUCCAUUGUUAAAUCAGCAUUAA